AUGUCUAUGAAAUUACCUCAGAAUCCCAAUGCUAACCUUUUCAAACAAGGCUAUCAAAGUUACUCUAAUGCUGAUGGGCAAAUUAACAAGUCCAUUGCCGCUAUCCGUGAGAUUCACAAAAUGUGUUUAACAUCUAUGGGUCCAUGUGGUACAAACAAAGUCAUUGUCAAUCAAUUGGGUAAAAUUAUUAUUACUAAUGAUGCUGCUACUAUGCUAAGAGAAUUAGAUAUCAUCCACCCAGCUGUUAAAGUCUUGGUUAUGGCCACAGAACAACAAAAAAUAGAUAUGGGUGAUGGGACUAACUUAGUAAUGGUUUUAGCAGGUGAAUUAUUAAAUGUCUGCGAAAAAUUAAUUGCCCUUGGUUUAUCUGCAGUAGAAAUUAUUCAAGGUUAUAACAUGGCCAAAAAUUUCACAUUAAAGGAAUUAGAUAGUAUGGUUGUAGGUGAAAUUGAAAAUAAAACUGAUAAAAAGGAAUUAAUUAAAGUAAUUAAACCUGUCAUUUCUGCUAAACAACAUGGCUAUGAAGAUUUAUUAAGUGAAUUGGUCUCUGAAGCAGUUUCAUACAUAUUACCAAAAUCAGAUGAUAAAUCUCCAUUCUUUAAUGUUGAUUCAAUCAGAGUUGUAAAAAUUAUGGGUGGCUCUUUAUCUAAUUCUUCAGUUAUUAAAGGUAUGGUUUUCAAUCGUGAACCAGAGGGUCACAUUAAAGCACUAUCUGAAAAUCAAAAACAUAAGGUUGCAGUUUUCACUUGUCCAAUAGAUAUUGCCAACACAGAAACCAAAGGUACUGUACUAUUGCAUAAUGCACAAGAAAUGCUAGAUUUCUCCAAAGGUGAAGAAAAACAAUUAGAUCAGAUGAUGAAAGAAAUUGCCGAUAUGGGUGUUACUUGUAUUGUAGCUGGUGCAGGUGUCGGUGAACUAGCUUUACAUUAUUUAAAUAGAUAUGGUAUUUUAGUUUUGAAAGUUCCAAGCAAGUUUGAAUUAAGAAGGAUAUGUCGUGUUUGUGGUGCUACCCCUCUACCUAGAUUAGGUGCACCAACCCCUGAAGAAAUUGGUAUUAUUGAAACUGUUAAAACUAUGGAGAUUGGUGGUGAUAGAGUUACCGUCUUCAAACAGGAUGAAGGUGAAACUACUAGAACUGCUACUAUUAUAUUAAGAGGUGCUACACAAAACAAUUUGGACGAUAUCGAAAGAUCUAUUGAUGAUGGUGUUGCCGCUGUUAAAGGUCUAAUGAAACCAAAUGGUGGUAAGCUAUUACCUGGUGCUGGUGCAACAGAAAUUGAAUUAGUUUCCAGAAUUACUAAAUAUGGUGAAAAGACACCUGGUUUAUUACAAUUAGCCAUUAAGCAAUUUGCUUUAGCCUUUGAGGUAGUACCACGUACUUUAGCAGAAACAGCUGGUCUAGAUGUUAAUGAAGUCUUACCAAAUCUAUAUGCAGCUCAUACUGUUACAUCUGAUAGCGAUCCAUCUGAUUCUUCACACUUAUACAAGGGUGUUGAUGUAGAUGAUGAAACAACAGAUGGUAUUAAAGAUAUCACUGAGGAAGGUAUUUAUGAUAUGCUAGCGGCUAAGAAAUUCGCCAUUAAUGUUGCCACUGAAGCUGCUACCACAGUUUUAUCAGUCGAUCAAAUCAUUAUGGCAAAGAGAGCUGGUGGCCCAAAGGCUCCACAAGGACCAAAGCCUGGUAACUGGGAUCAUGAUGAUUGA